UCCGGCAGGCCAGCUUGUCUGGCUAAAAAAUUAAAUAGUUAACAAUUAAGAAUUUCUAACGACGAGAUUAUUGUGCAAUAGUGCUAUCAGGUGAGGAAUAACGUGACGCACUCGGUUUGUACUUUGAAUUGAUAUCCAGGACUGCUCCCAAUUGCCUCUGUCAUGAUGAACAACGGAUCAUGUCACUGAUUUUUAAUCCCCUAGGUAAGCUCUCCUUACGGUAAAUAUUGGAAAUAAUUUUGUUUUUCGUCCAGUGAAGACGUCUCUGGGGUAGUAAGCGGUCUGAUGGGGCUACAGGAAGGAAUGAAAGAGCGUUUCCACUGGGAGCUACACAACACUACAGAUGUACUUGUCACAGAUGGUGGUUUCUCAUCCACGUGUAAAAAUUCGAUGGAUGUUAAAGAAGGAGAUAGACAUUUGUCGUACUGGAAGGACUCUUCAGUGCAUAGUAAAAUUCACAUAUUUUUCUCCACGCUUCUUUUUGCGAUUGUUUUAAUCGUGGAAAAUAUAACAAACUUCAUACAAUUAGAGAACUGCAAGUCUUCAGUCUCCUUUUACUGGAUACAGAGCUGCGUUAUUGUAUUUUCCUUUCGAUUUUGGGGAAGAAAACGAAAUCGAAGGAGUCAAGAAAUAAAUUUCCGUCCACUCCUUUUCUACUUUGUGGCUACUGCAACUUUCUUCGGACUGGAUUUUAAUCAUUCCACCUUUGGGAUUUCUGCUGGAUCUGAAUCCUACUUGAUAUCUCUGGCCUUAAUGGCACCUUUAGUGUUAAUAGCGUCCUGGUUGACUGGUCGCCAUGCCUAUCCUGACAAGAUUAUCCUAUUGGUGGCUACAUCAAGUUCACUUGUAAUGAUUCUGUUCUGCUCAUUUGAAGAUCGUCCUGCACAUUAUAGAAUGUCUUUUAGUCAUGGAGCUUUUGGCCUUCUAAUGGGCAUGUCUCUGGCUUUUUUUAUUGUGCAGGCAAAAAGAUGCUUGUCCAAGUUGCAGGUUUCAAUUUCCCAGUUACUCUAUUUGCUGAAUUUUAGCUGUGUCAUAUGUCUUCCAUUUAUUGCCCUUCUGUGUGGUGAAUUACCUUAUCUAGAAAAGGAACUGUUGAAACGAGGUGCACUUGAACUAAUCUUCAGUAUCCUCAUUCUGGCUCUGCUUCGUUUGGCAAGCCAAACAGCUUGUCUUUAUCACCUAAAACACUCAACUCCUCUAUUGAAUGCCACAGUACGAGGAUUUUCUUGGAUAUGGAUAACAUUGUACAUAACUUUACAUACUCCAGGAGAGAGGGGUUCACUUGUGGUGCCAGUACUUGCAGCAUUCUGGUUAUACGGUCUUUUCAUAUUUUUUCCUACACUCUUAACAGAUUUCUUUUUGAUAUUUUGAAACAAGAAAAAUAAGUAACAUACCAUAUUUCCUUGAAUAAGCACCUAUGCUC